AUGUCGGUGGCCACCAUCUUGGGUGCCGCCAACCUUUUCGCUCGGCUGGAGCUUCCGGUGGAGCGCGUGGAGGUGGCGACCGUGCGGAGCCAGUAUCGGCGCUUGGCCCUGGCGGUGCAUCCAGACAAGUGUCAGGAUCCCCGCGCCAAGGAGGCCUUCCAACUGCUCAGCGAGGCCUUUGAACAGCUCUCCUCUGAGACACUUCAGGCCCAGCUGCUGGGUGCAACUGGACGCGCUCGUCCGGCUCCGCAGGGGCGCGGUCCGGCCCAGGCAGAUGAGACAAAGGCUCACUGGUGGGAUACGAAGACCUGGGAGGAGUUUGAGGAGCGUUUGAGGCAUCGCGACCGUGCCGAGCAAGCCCUGCGGCGCCAGUACUGUGGAGGACUCCGGGCACGUUUCGCCACUCGCAAGGUCCGAGGCCAGGUCUUUGCCGCGGAGCGCUCCGUGGAGCACCUGGACCGGCAGAAGGGUCUGCCGGAGAGCCCCCUGUGGCCGCCCGAAUCCACCCAAGCAGCCCGGGAUUUGGAGGAGGAAGUGGCCAAAGCGCGACAGACCGAACCAUGGCCAGGGGCCGCCAACGAGCUGCUGCCGGACUAUCAGGAGCGCCUGGAAUUGAACAAUCCUGGCUUGGCCAUUCAACGCCUCCUGGAGCUAAUGACUCACUUGCGCACGGUGCAUCUCUACUGCCUGUUUUGCGGGUGCACUUACGACUCCGCCAAUGACAUGGACCGGAACUGCCCAGGCAUCACUGAGGAGGAGCACGACGAGGCUAUGGCCUUCGGCCUGCGGACUUCCACAGAGACACAGGUGGAAACCGCCGAGGAGACCACCGGCGAGGAUCCCUUGGAGGCCUUCAUGGCCUCCAUUGAUGCGGAGCUCCAGGGUCAAAAACCCAAGAAACGGCGACGCUGA